AUGAAUUCAAGUUAUAUGACACCAAAUUUGAUAACUACCUAUGAGAAAAACAUGCAAAAUAUAGUUAAAAGAAACGAAAAUGACAAUGUUGAAAGGUUGAAAGAAAAACAUUCUAGAAAAAGAAUAAGUUCUCUUAUUAUUUUAAAAUUUUUCAUAUUUGCCCUAUUCAAAUGGAUUAUAGAACGCUCAAAUGAGAGUAACCUCAACGGCGCCAUAAAGGACAGUUCAAUGCAAGGAGUAACAACAAUAUGUGCAAGGACAAAUAGAAGAUUAGCAGAGCCCAAAAUGGAUUUCGAUGAAGUGUAUGAGACAUUUAAAAAAAAUGUUUUAGAAAAAUUGGGAUGUAAUGAAGAAGAAUGCAAAACAAUUAGAUCUUCUGUGAAAUCUUAUUUCGAUGAAAUAAAAUGGAAAAGCACAAAUCAACAAGAUUCAAAUCUAUGUGCAGGGGAAAAUGGAGAAUUAAAUAACCUUUCAGAAGAAAAAUGUGAAGAAACAAGUAAAGAAAAAAACAAUUUAAAAUCUGAAGGAAUUUUAAAUUCGUUUAUAAAUUUCGUUAUAAACUAUAAGCUUACGUGUGUGACAUUUCUUAUAUUUACUCUUAUGUAUUUUAAGUCUAAAUAUUUAUUUUUCGUUAUGGGAAUAAUUAUAAUGCUAAAUUUAUUUUGGGAAUUAGAAAGCUUAAAUAAAAAAUUAAAAUUCGCGUAA